CUGAUAAGUGUUGGGCUCCACGCUGGGGAAAGCCUCAGAGUGGGGUUGAGCGCGGCGGAGAACGCGGAGGCUGAAAGCGGCGGCGCUUCAAACGAAGAGAACGGUCGCAGCGUUCUGUGGCCGCGCCGAACUGGUGCAACUUUGCUGCGGGAACAGCCGGAGGGACGGGGACUUCCACGCGCGGUCACUUUCGGCAAAAAAGUGACUUUGGGAUCAGCCCUGUUGCCGCUCCUUCUGCCCGACCGAGGAGAGAACUUGCCCGAUCAGCCGGCGCGACAAGUGCCUUGGUGAGCUGACUUUUCUGGACCGCGAAGAGACGAGAGUUGUGGUAACUUUUCGGAGCGAAUCCAGCCGGUGAGCAGAACGCUCGUGGCAGCCUUCCGGAGAAAAGGGCGAGGACUUCAACAAGUGUGUCUGAAGCUCGCCAACGCUCCGGCAACGAGGGCGCUCCCAAGAGGAAGAAAAAAGAAGGACUUUAGGGGGGUGGAGGAACAAGCAAAGUUGCUGGAGUCGUGAUCUGUGCCCAGAUUUGCAACUUUGCGGUGUUCAAAAGUUUUCCAAGUGCGGAAUACUUUGGCGGAGAGAGAAGUCCCAUCGCUUUCGUUCGCGCGCAAGAUUCUGGACCUGAUGUUCGUCCCGUGUUGUCUGAGCUGAAAAAUCGCCUGCCUGAUCAAUCCAGCCCUCCCCGCCUUACGAAGGGGGGUGAGAAAAUAAGGACCAAGCCAAUGCCUUGUGGCUAAAAAGUAAGACUUGAAAGCUUCACUCCUCUCUUUUUCCGCAGGACUCUUUCAUAGUUUAUUUUCGUUCAGUCGCUGUAGGGGGGUGAACUCGGUGGCUGGACUCACUUUUUUAAAGUGGAAGCUAAUAGAAAAGGUUCCUUUCUGUUCUUGGCUGUAAAAGCACCAACCUGUGGACUGUAUUCUAUGACUGCAAAGAUGGAACCUACUUUCUAUGAUGAUGCCAUAAAUGCUACCUUUGUACAGCCAGAAAGUGGUACUUAUGGAUAUAACAAUCCCAAAGUUCUGAAGCAGAAUAUGACUCUGAAUCUGGCUGAUCCCGCCAGUAACCUCAAGCCCCACCUGAGGAACAAGAAUGCUGACAUCUUGACCUCUCCAGAUGUAGGCCUCCUCAAGCUGGCAUCUCCUGAACUAGAAAGGCUGAUCAUCCAGUCGGGCAAUGGCCUGAUUACCACCACUCCUACCCCCACCCAAUUCCUCUGUCCCAAAAAUGUCACUGAUGAACAAGAAGGGUUUGCUGAAGGCUUUGUCAGAGCACUUGCAGAACUACACAACCAAAACACCAUGCCAAGUGUUACUUCUGCUGCCCAGCCUGUUAACACCGGCAUGGCUCCUGUCUCAUCUAUGGCUGGAAACAGUGGUUUCAGUGCCAGUUUGCACAGCGAGCCUCCAGUCUAUGCCAACCUCAGCAAUUUCAACCCGAAUACGCUCAACGCAGCACCUAACUACAAUUCAAACAACCUGGGCUAUCCUCCUCAGCAUCUAAACCCCCAGAUGCCAGUGCAGCAUCCCCGCCUUCAAGCUCUGAAAGAAGAGCCUCAGACUGUCCCAGAGAUGCCUGGGGAGACUCCUCCCUUGUCCCCUAUUGACAUGGAAUCCCAGGAAAGGAUCAAGGCAGAGAGGAAGCGCAUGAGGAACCGAAUUGCAGCCUCCAAGUGCCGGAAAAGGAAGUUGGAACGGAUUGCCAGGUUGGAAGAAAAAGUGAAAACUUUGAAAGCGCAAAACUCAGAACUGGCAUCUACUGCCAAUAUGCUACGAGAGCAAGUUGCUCAGCUGAAGCAGAAGGUCAUGAAUCAUGUCAAUAGUGGGUGCCAGCUAAUGUUAACACAGCAGUUGCAAACUUUUUGAAGAGACUAGCAGUAACUGUAUGUGAUAGAGAGGAAUUAAGCAAAAAAGAGCGUGAGAGAGAGGUGGAAAGCUCUGGGGGGAGGGGGGCAGAGAAAAUGCUGAAAGGCAUUGGUUCCUGAGGGUGCUCCCCCAAAAGCAUGUGUGGAGAGACUUUCAUGCCAUUUGUUUUGAAGUGGUGGCAAGCCAGUCAACAGUACUGUUCCUGCUCAGAUGAGGCACAAGAGCAUUUUUUUAACAUUGACCAAGACCUGCAUGGACCUAACAUUCAGUGAUCAUUCAGUAUUAAAGGUUAAACUGCAGUAGACAAUGUAGAUUGCUUUUGCUAGUACUCCUUUUAAGAAAAAGUUUGGGAGGGAGUUUGUGGGAAGCUAACAACAGAAGCUGAACUAUACUGCCUGCCUUUGAGUCAAGUUGUGUAUGUACAUAUCUUUUUUAUUUUAUGAAAGCUGAUUAAUGUCAAUAAAACUACUUCAUGACUUUGUAAGUUAUUUUUAUGUUCAUUUGGGUUCUUCCCAAUAUUGUCUGUAAAUAAGAGAUUUUUUUAGCACUCUUGAGUUUACCAUUUGUAAUAAAGUAUAUAAUUUUUUAUGUUUUAUUCUGAACAAAAAUGCAGAAAAGGUUGGUUUUAUUUAAGAAACAUCAACAAAGCAGCACUCGCUUCCUCUGAGAACUUUUAAAUCCAGCAUAUAUCCCAACUUGUGGUUAGAUGCUAGAACUGUUUUCCCUUUUUACAGCAUUGAUUAACAAACUCUUCUAUAACCAGGCUCCAUAAAGACUUAUAGCUUCUGCCUGUUCUUGUAAAACUGCAUGCUCUGUGAGGAGCUAAUGACAUAGUUUGGUCAGAAGCCAAAAAUUAGCAAGGGGGAGGGGAGCUAAAAAUGUAAUGACUAUUCCUUGUACUAGGAAUUUUCAAGUAUCACUGGCAUUUCCCAUUUAGAUACUCCAUUAAGUAAUUACUUUUGAUAACAUGUGUUUUCAAAAAGGGAAUCUUGAGAUGGGAAUUUGUCUCCUUAAUGCUUUUGUUAACUCCUAGAUGAAAGAUGGUAUUUGUUCAUGAGUAUUUAUAACUAUGCCUGUUGUCCAAUAAAAUCAUUCUAUUACUCUUUCCACA